CAGCAAUUUUAAACUCUCGUCCUUCUCAGUGAUGGCGGCUUCGUUUCGUUCUCUCCCCGCAAGCUGUAAUAACAAAUGGUACUACACCCGGCAGCAGAUCGACAACAGCCCAUCUCGGCGAGCGGGCCUCGAUCCCGACAAGGAGCUCUCCUACAGGCAACAGGCGGCCAACCUGCUCCAGGACAUGGGGCAGCGGCUCAACGUGUCCCAACUCACAAUUAACACAGCCAUCGUGUACAUGCAUCGCUUCUACAUGGUCCAGUCUUUCACCAGAUUCCACCGAAAUGUCAUCUCUCCCGCCGCCCUCUUCCUCGCAGCGAAGGUGGAGGAGCAGCCCCGUAAGCUAGAACACGUUAUCAAAGUGGCCCAUGCAUGCCUCAAUCCUCAGGAUCCUUCACCUGAUGUACGCAGCGACGCCUACCUGCAACAAGCCCAAGACCUGGUCAUUCUUGAGAGCAUAAUACUCCAGACCUUGGCUUUUGAAAUCACCAUUGACCAUCCGCAUACUCAUGUUGUCAAGUGCACUCAGCUUGUCAGAGUUGUUCCAGCGAGCAAGGAUCUGGCCCAAACAUCAUACUUUAUGGCUACCAACAGUCUGCACUUAACCACGUUCUGCCUGCAGUACAGUCCGCCAGUGGUGGCCUGUGUGUGCAUCCACCUCGCCUGCAAAUGGUCCAACUGGGAAAUCCCCGUGUCCACAGAUGGCAAACACUGGUGGGAAUAUGUCGAUCCCACAGUCACACUUGAACUGCUGGAUGAGCUCACCCAUGAGUUCCUGCAGAUUCUGGAGAAAACACCCAGCCGGUUGAAACGGAUUCGCAAUUGGAAGGCCGGAGGUCAGACACCCAAAGCCAAGCCAAAGGUCCAGGAGGACGGUGACCAGAGGGACACCAUGAUGAGCAUGAUCUCCAUGGCUUCAUCUGAGAGUACUGUGGCAGGCCUGAUGAGCCUGUCGGCUCCGCCGUCCGCCUCGUCUUCCUUGUCCAUGGGCGAUAAGGAGAGGGAUGCAUCUGGCAGCGCUGAGACUUGGAGUGGAAAAGACCCGGCCGGAGCUGAAGAACAGCCCAACAACGAGGUCCAUGUCCCAGCAAAGGUAUCGCUGAGUGAGUACCGUGCCAAGAACGCAGAUGUCCUGGCCGCCCAGAAGAGGAAGCUGGAGAACAUGGAGGCCAGUGUAAAGAGGGACUAUGCCAACGCUGCCCAGGCUCUCAUUGGUCAGCAGCAGAGGAAGGAAAAACAUCAGCAUCAUCACCAGCAGUCCAGCUCGUCCUCCUCUGACAUGUCCAGCCCUUCGCCAAUUAUUCUGAAAAUCCCACUGGAGAAGGAGAGGCACGAGCGGAGCUCUUUGAAAAUGCGUUUCCCCGUAGCAGGGGGAGGUGGCAGCGGCACCCGGGAUCCAGACAUCAAAGUCAGGAUACGAGUGCCUGAGAAGCAAAGGGGGAGUUCAGGAGAGGAGGGCAAGAGCAGGGACAAGCAUAGGGAUCGGUCUAAUCAUCACCAUCAUCACCAGAACCACCACCAUUCCUCCUCUGGCGGCGCCUCUCUUUCCUCGUCACAUAAACAUUCAUCUGGCGCCGGUGGGGCAGUAGGAAGUGGCAAAAAAGUCCCAAAUGACUCCUCCAGAACAGGCUCUUCAUCCUCUUCAGCAUCACGCAAGAGGACACACUCCCAGGACCCCGCGGCAGUCUCUCACCCUGCCACAAAAGUCAGCAAGUCCUCUAGGAAUCCCUACCAGCUUCCGUCCCUGUCUUCCUCUGGACAAACUCUGGGGCACGGUCCUGACAUUCUUCCCGCCUUGGGCCUUCCCCACCACCAAGGGGGCUAUCCGCACUCCAAAAACGAAAAGACGGACACUAACGGGCACGGCGCGGCGGGCGGGGCCCAGUCGAACGAGUACCAGGACACUUUUGAAAUGCUGAACUCACUUCUGAGCGCGCAGGGGGUCCAGCCCUCCCAGCCGUCCAUGUUCGACUACAGAUCCCAAUACGGGGACUUUCGGUACAGCGGUGGCUCCAGAGGGAACAACUCCAGACCCCCACCACUGCCUUCGGACCCACCGCCACCACUGCCGCCGUUACCCAAAUGAGUUCCCGACCAGGAGACGUUAUGUACAUUAUGCUUGUCAUCACAAACAUCCAUCUUGUUACAUAAGGUAUUGCAUCUUUUUUUUUUUUUUCUUUAACUCAAUGCCCAACGUUUUUUAUUGGGCUCUCGGUGUGACAGCAGAGAAAUGUAUUGGUGAGACAAAUUAGUUUUUCUUUCUACACUUCACUUGUGGGGCAAUAAUGGCUUGAAAAGCUUGCAAAACGUGAGGGGGAAAAAAAUGACAAGAAAGUGUAUAUAUUUUAUUUUUUUUCCUUUUCUUUUAUUGCUAACUCAAAUGAAAUGCAAUGAUGGGACCUGAUUACUGUUUUAGAAAAAAGUUGUCUUGAAAUCAUGAGGAAACUAAAAGAUUUCCUUCACAUACCUGUUAGGUCUUCUUAUACAGAUUGUCUUUUUUAUAAAGUUUUUAUAGUAUGUUAUUUAUUAAUUGAAUACUUAAAAAAAACAUGUUCCCCCCUUUUCUACCUUUUUUUAAGGCUUUCUCUCUGUUGUUUUUGGACAGAGGGAUAUUUCUUCAUCAAGACUGUACAGGCUAGUUUGAGAGUGCAUGUCUCCAAAGCCAUCUUUUCAAUAUUUAGGUCAUUUAUUUUUUUUAACAGCCAUAAUCUUAAUAAAAAAAAUGAUUGCCCCAUCUUUCUUUUUCUGUAUUAUUUGGUUAACUUGUACAAAGAUUGUAAAAUGUUUAAAAAACAAACAUGAAAUAUUUUUUUUUACAUUUUGUCAUAAGAAAAUUGCAAAAAAAGAGAUGUAAAUUAAGGAAGCUUGUACUUUUUUGUUUUAAGAUUUUUUGAGUGUUGCAGUCAUUGUUUUAAAUGGUUGUAAAAUAUUCAUAUUCAUUUUUCUGUAAUGAUCACACUAACGGACAAAGUUCAUACCAAGAAUAUACGUUUAUGGUUUGUCAAAGGGGUUCAGAGAGUUCAAACAUAUCUACGCAGUAUGGUCACAAUAAAGAAAGUACCAGCCAAGAAAAGGAAAUGCCUGUCCAUUGUUUGUGGGGCGACCACAGCUACAUUUAUAGGAAGAAUAAGCAGAAUAUAUGGACACGCUUUUCACUCCUAGAAGAACAAAUUUUUGUGCUGGUGUUAGCUUUGUGGUGACUAUAUCGUGCACAGUGUACAACGAAAUACUCAGAUUAUCUAAGACAUCAUGGGUCACCUGUCUGUCGUUAUGGUUGUCUGUUAUUUACGCGUUUCCUUUUGGGGAUUUUUUUUUUUUACAUUUGUAAACAUCAGUGUAUGCGGUGUCGAUUUCAUGCUGGUCUAAUUAUAAAGCUGUGUUUUGACUCCAUACCUUAAAAAAAUUACAGGAUAUUCGGUCUCAAUUUGUUUUUAAAAUCCCUGCCCAAGCCACGAUUCAUCAAAACUGUUUACAUGUGUUCUCCAUUUGUGUAAAAUCACAAAAUGGCAGACAGGUUCUCAACAUACCUCCACUACAGGGUCAUGAGCAUCAAGUUUAAUACUGUAAUUAAUCUGAAUUGAUGUUUUAAAUUUUUUUGGAAGAGGUGCUAUUUGUUGGCAAGUAAAUCGGGUAUCAUCUGUAUAUUUCAUUCACAUAUUAAGCUUUAUAUGGUUUUUGAUUGUAUAGUAUUACUGCUCUCUUAACCUGCUCUCUGUUUUGUUUCAGUUGGUGAUCAAGAACUCAUUUGUUUUCAGGCAGUUCACAGUAAUGCAGUACAACAAAUCAGCCAUACAAAUUGUAAGAUAUCUUUGUUCCCUUGAUAUAUGGAAAAUGUGUGGAAAGAGCACAGCUCUUUGCUCCGGCAGCAGAGGUUUUAUUAGUUGUCGUAACAGGGAAACAGUAAAUGCACUGAAUAUUUAUCUGGGUAGGAUUGCCUACAAUGCAAUUGACCAAGUGUUACAUGUAUUGUGGUUAGACUAUUAGAAUGGAUGUCCAAUAUAUCAUUGCCACUUUUGAAAAUUGUUUUUUUUUUAAUUUUUAUUAAUUUGAUCUGGACAAAUCUUCCCAUUCAAGUAUUAACUUUUUUGCUGUGAGAAAGUCGUACAAAACGACACGCAUUUUUAAAGUAAACCCCAAAUGUGAGAAAAAAUGGAAGAAACUCGUGCAACCUAUCAAUGCAAAAUUCACAUAGCUACAAUAAGUUUCAUGUUUAUUUCAUGUCUUGGUGUUUUUUAGUGACACUCAGGUCUGGAAAUGAAAUAUUAUGGGAUUUCUUUUUUUGUUUGUAUUUUUUGUCAGUUAUUUUUACACUAACCAGUCAGAGGUUUUAGAACACCCCCAUUUUUCAAGUUGUUACGGAGAGUUACUCGGUGUACAUGGAUAUUUCAAGCAUAGAACAUAAUGUGCAUCAGUGAUUUACAUUUAAUCGAAUAAGUUUUGACUCCUUCAGGCAGCCGAACACAGCCGUCGUGUUCUUUUCCACAAAGGAAAUUAAACAUUGUUUGGGAAGAUUGUUGCAGCACAGUUGCAGAAAUUCCCUCAAAACAUGUUGCGUUUGUCAUUUGCUUCGCUUUCGCCCUCUCUCCUCUCCAUCCCGAAUCACCUCAAUGGGGGUUUUAAAAUGUGAAGACUCUGCUGCUCUUCUACCUUUGUGAAGCCACUGUCUGUUUUGUCUUAUUAAUUCUUUUGCUGUAGACCUAGAGACUGUCUUGCCUUUUCCUCGCCAUUCUAAUGGCGAUAUACAGUACUUAAUUUCUACAGUAUGGGGUUGACCUAAUAAUUCAUCAGAGGCAGAUUUUUUUCAACUCUGCCGCCUUACAGACAAAUUGUUUGUAAGUAGUUGGGCCACCUGUAGGAAUUUUUUGCAUUAACUUCCGAGGCUUACCUAACUUCAUUGCUAUAUUGGCCGAAAAAGGCUUGUUUUCUCUAACAUUUACAUUUGGUGACAUAAACCUUUUUUUUCUUCCUCUGUGCAGUGUACUGCUUACCUUCAUACCAUGUAGGGGUUAUUCACUGGAUUUCAAUUGCUUACAUUUCAAUAACAACUGGCAAAAAUAGGGGUGUUCUCCAACAUUUGAGUGGUAGUGUCUGUGAACACUGUCUUUUUCAUAUAAUGUGGUUGCUUUAUUCUCAAUUAAAGUCAAUAAAUAUUUUAAGAAAA